AUGAGCACCGCCGCCUUCCACAUCUCCAGCCUUCUGGAGAAGAUGACAUCCAGCGACAAGGACUUCAGGUUCAUGGCUACCAGCGACCUGAUGUCAGAGCUGCAGAAGGACUCCAUCCAGCUGGACGAGGACAGUGAGCGCAAGGUGGUGAAGAUGCUGCUGAGGCUCCUGGAGGACAAGAAUGGGGAGGUGCAGAACCUGGCUGUCAAGUGCCUGGGUCCUCUUGUGGGCAAAGUGAAGGAGUACCAGGUGGAGACCAUUGUGGACGCCCUCUGUGCCAACAUGCGAUCAGACAAGGAGCAGCUCCGAGAUAUUGCUGGCAUCGGCCUCAAGACGGUCCUCUCAGAGCUCCCGCCUGCAGCCACAGGCUCCGGCUUGGCCAGCAAUGUGUGCCGCAAGAUCACAGGCCAGCUCACCAGUGCCAUCACCCAGCAGGAGGAUGUGGCUGUGCAGCUGGAAGCCCUGGACAUCCUCUCUGACAUGCUGAGCAGGCUGGGCGCUCCACUGGGCGCCUUCCAUGCCAGCCUCCUGCACUGCCUGCUGCCGCAGCUGAGCAGCCCGCGCCUGGCCGUGCGCAAGCGGGCCGUCGGGGCGCUCGGCCACCUGGCGGCCGCCUGCAGCACCGACCUCUUCGUCGAGCUCGCGGAUCACCUGCUGGACCGGCUGCCCGGCCCGCACGCGCCCGCCAGCCCCGCCGCUGUCCGCACCCUGAUCCAGUGUCUGGGCAGCGUAGGCCGCCAGGCCGGCCACCGCCUAGGGAACCACCUGGACCGCCUGGUGCCCCUGGUGGAGGAGUUCUGCAACAUGGAUGAUGACGAGCUCCGGGAGUCCUGCCUGCAGGCCUUCGAGGCCUUCCUAAGGAAGUGCCCCAAGGAGAUGGGCCCUCACGUGCCCAACAUCACCAGCCUCUGUCUCCAGUACAUGAAACACGACCCCAACUAUAACUACGACAGUGAUGGGGAUGAGGAGGAGAUGGAGACAGAGGACAGCGAAUUCAGUGAGCAAGAGAGUGAGGACGAGUACAGUGAUGAUGAUGACAUGAGCUGGAAGGUGCGCCGGGCAGCGGCCAAGUGCAUGGCAGCCUUGAUCGGCUCACGGCCCGACCUGCUGCCUGACUUCCACCGCACCUUGGCGCCAGCGCUCAUCCACCGCUUCAGGGAACGUGAGGAGAACGUCAAGGCUGAUGUCUUUGGAACUUACAUCGUGCUGCUGCGACAAACGCGGCCUCCGAAGGGAUGGCUGGAGGCAAUGGAGGAGCCCACCCAGACAGGCAGCAACCUCCACAUGUUGCGAGGACAGGUACCACUUGUGGUUAAGGCCCUGCAGAGGCAGCUCAAAGACCGGAGUGUCCGGGCCCGUCAGGGCUGCUUCAGCCUCCUUGCUGAGCUUGCAGGCGUCCUCCCAGGAAGCCUGGCGGAGCAUAUGCCCGUGCUGAUAUCAGGUGUCGUCUUCUCGCUGGCAGACCGUUCCAACUCCUCCACCAUCCGUAUGGAUGCCCUGGCCUUCCUACAGGGCCUGCUGGGCACAGAGCCAGCUGAGGCCUUCCACCCGCACUUGCCCACCGUGCUGCCGCCUGUGCUGGCCUGUGUGGCCGACCCUUUCUAUAAGAUUGCAGCUGAGGCGCUGCUGGUUCUGCAGGAGCUUGUGCGGGUCCUGUGGCCACUGGACCGGCCUCGGAUGCUGGACCCUGAGCCAUACGUUGGAGAGAUGUCAUCGGCCACCCUUGCACGGCUCCGCGCCACUGACCUAGACCAGGAGGUGAAGGAGCGGGCCAUCUCCUGCAUGGGCCACCUUGUGGGCCACCUAGGUGACCGGCUUGGGGAUGACCUGGAGCCCACAUUAUUGCUGCUCCUGGACCGCCUGCGGAAUGAGAUCACCCGGCUGCCUGCUGUCAAGGCUCUGACACUGGUGGCCAGGUCCCCGCUGCAGCUGGACCUGCAGCCCAUCUUGGCUGAGGCACUGCCCAUCUUGGCCUCAUUCCUUCGCAAGAACCAGCGGGCACUGCGGUUGGCUACCUUGGCAGCCCUGGACGCCCUGGCUCAGAGCCAGGGUCUCAGCCUCCCACCACCCGCCAUCCGGGCUGUGCUGGCUGAGCUGCCUGCCCUGGUCAGUGAGAGUGACAUGCAUGUGGCCCAGCUGGCAGUGGACUUCCUUGCCACAGUGACCCAGGCCCAGCCAGCCUCUCUGGCUGAGGUCAGCGGCCCUGUGCUCUCAGAGCUACUGCAGUUGCUCCACUCGCCCCUGCUCCCUGCAAGCGUGCUGGCCGCUGCCGAGGGCUUCUUACAGGCGCUGGUGGGGACCCGGCCCCCAUGUGUGGACUACACCAAGCUCAUUGACUUGCUGACCGCACCCGUGUACAACCAGGAUGAGGACGGCGGGCCGGGCCUGCACAAGCAAGUGUUCCACUCACUGGCCCGGUGUGUGGCAGCCCUGGCGGCUGCCUGUCCCCAGGAGGCGGCAGGCACGGCUAACCGCUUGGUCUGCGAUGCCAGGUCGCCCAACUCAAGCACUGGGGUCAAGGUUCUGGCAUUCCUCUCCCUGGCUGAAGUGGGUCAGGUGGCUGGGCCGGGCCCCCAGCGGGAGCUGAAGACAGUGCUCCUGGAAGCCUUAGGGUCACCCAGCGAGGACGUGAGGGCAGCUGCCUCCUACGCGCUGGGCCGCGUGGGCGCCGGCAAUCUGCCCGACUUCCUUCCCUUCUUGCUGGGGCAGAUCGAGGCAGAGCCGCGGCGGCAAUACCUGCUGCUGCACUCUCUCAGGGAGGCCCUGGGGGCUGCCCAGCCCGACAGCCUGAAGCCCUACGCAGAGGACAUCUGGGCCCUACUGUUCCAGCGCUGCGAGGGCGCCGAGGAGGGCACCCGGGGCGUGGUGGCUGAGUGCAUUGGGAAGCUGGUGCUUGUGAACCCCCCCUUCCUCCUGCCCCGCUUCAGGAAGCAGCUGGCUGCAGGCCGGCCGCACACCCGGAGCACCGUCAUCACAGCCGUGAAAUUCCUCAUCUCGGACCAGCCCCAUCCCAUUGACCCCCUCCUGAAGAGCUACAUUGGAGAGUUCAUGGAGAGCCUGCAGGACCCGGACCUGAAUGUGCGCCGGGCCACGCUGGCUUUCUUCAACUCAGCCGUGCACAACAAGCCCUCGCUUAUCCGGGACCUGCUGGACGACAUCCUGCCACUGCUCUACCAGGAGACGAAGGUCCGCCGGGACCUCAUCCGGGAGGUGGAGAUGGGGCCCUUUAAGCACGCAGUGGAUGAUGGGCUCGAUGUGCGGAAGGCAGCCUUUGAGUGCAUGUACUCACUGCUGGAGAGCUGCCUGGGCCAACUGGACAUCUGCGAGUUCUUGAACCAUGUGGAGGACGGGUUGAAGGACCACUAUGAUAUCCGGAUGUUGACCUUCAUCAUGCUUGCACGGCUGGCUACCCUGUGUCCUGCUCCCGUCCUACAGAGGGUGGACCGGCUCAUCGAGCCACUCAGGGCCACCUGCACUGCCAAGGUCAAAGCCGGUUCCGUCAAACAGGAGUUUGAGAAGCAAGAUGAACUGAAGCGCUCGGCGAUGAGGGCAGUGGCCGCCCUGCUGACCAUCCCCGCAGUAGGCAAAAGCCCCAUCAUGGCCGACUUCUCUUCCCAAAUCCGAUCCAACCCCGAACUAGCAGCCCUCUUUGAAAGCAUCCAGAAGGAUUCCACUUCACCCCCCAGCACAGACUCAAUGGAGCUCAGCUAGUCCUCCCGUAGCCCUCAGGGGGCCGUACUCUGAAGAGGGGCCUACCGCAGACCACAGGCCUCUACUUUGCCUUCUCAUCUCCCCGGGAGCCCCCCUGCAACUGGUCAGGCUCACAGUGCCUUCUCUAAGGACCGCAACCAGCAGGCCCCCGCCAGAACUGGAGGCUGCCAACAGUUGGGUCCUGUAACUCAGGAUGGCCAUAAUGCAAUAGGGUGAGGACGUUUUUCCAAGCCCUUCCGCACAUAUAUGCUCUCUCCAUAGUCAGUCUGGUUCCUUCAAACUGGGGGGGUCCCUGCCUCCUGAAGUACUAACUAGUAUUAGAAAUAUGCUGUACCUACAGCUGUCAAAGGUUAAGAGGCAGUGGGCUGAGCUUCCUUCUUACUAGUGUCUCAAAUUUGUCACUCACACUUCCCUUUUUUCAUUGUACUUGAUCUGGAAUCUGAAAUGUCAAAAACGAGUGCCCUGGUUGGGCACCUUGAAAACCAAUUCACAUACCUGAGUUACUCACCUUUUAGACUUCAAAUUGCUUUACUCCUAACUGGCCGUGAUGAAUCAAAUUUGGAGGUAGGUUAAGGGUUUUUUGCUAGCAGGUGAAAUAGGUGGGGUAGGGUGUUGGCCAGGCUUGACCUGUUUUUCUAGUUUCUCAUGUAGCACAUCGGGAGAAAACGGGAAAGUGCAAAGGAAAAGUACAAAUCUAAUCACCCUUCGUGUCUCGGCCCAGGCAUAACCAGCUGUGCUUGUCCUGAGGAAGGUUUUGAACGUGUCACUUCUAGAUUUUAGUACUGAGGACACAAAAAGUGAUAGGCCAAAGUAUUUUCUGUGAUGUCCCAGGUUAAUAAAAAAAGAUGCUAAAAAUUACUUGUUACUAUUGUCUCACAAUUUCUCCUCCCUAGUUUUUAGUAGCUACACUCUUCAGUACACUUCCCAAAUCCACUUAAAAGCAUCAUGAAAAUCCGAUGUUUAAGACGAGGUUUCAGUACGAGGCAGCCAACUGGCAAGCCGUUACGUACUGGCCCUAAGGGUCUGAAAGAUCUAAUCCAGUCCCGGCCAGCUCUCUACAAAAAGGUGUAUGUGUAAUAUAUCAAUGAACUAUUUCUGCCAGACUGACAAGGAUGCUGAGAACAAAAACAUCCUGUAAGCAUUUCUCAGCCUUUGGAGUACCACA